AUGAAUUCUCCAAUAUUUAAUGAUAAAGAAUGGAUGUCUAGUAGAGAAAAUAUUAUUCCAUUAAAAGGUGGACGUUCAAUGAAAAUUUUAAAUUCUGUUUUAUCUAAUUCUAUUACAAUUAAAGAAGCAGAAAAAAAAUUUGAAUUUAUUUUUGAAGAAUCAAAAAAAAAUAAAGAUCCAUUAUCUAUUAUAUGGGAUUAUAUUAAAUGGUUUGAAAAUAUUUUUCCUACAGGUAAACAAAAAACAUUAUUUCCAAUGUUAUGGAGAUCUGUUAAUUUUUAUUCUAAUUCUCAUGAAUAUGAGAAUGAUGAACGAUUAAUAAAAUUGUGGAUAAAACUUUGUGAUAAUUAUCCAACAAGAUCACUUGCAAUUUUUGAAUGUGCUUUUACAAAAGGUGUAGGCCGGUAUUCUGCUUUAUUUUAUAUAUCUUGGUCAGAAGUUUAUGAAGUAUGGGGUAGUGAAAGGAAAGCAAGAGAAACAUUAAAAAUGGGAUUAAAAUAUGGUGCUACUCCUAUAUCAUUAAUUAAUAAAGCAAUUGAUAAUUUUGAAAUGCGUUGUAUAAAAAAAUCAUUAGACAAAAAUAAUUUUAAUGAUGAUGAUUCAGAUAUGGAUACUGAUAAUCAAGAAGAAGAAAUUUUUGAUCCAGAACCUAUUAGAAGAAGUAUUCUUGGAAAUUUAUCGAAAAAUGUUACAACUAAUAUGAUAAAAAAAGAAAAAAAUAAUGAUAAUAACAAAGAAAAUAAUAGAAAUUAUAUUGAAAAAUUUAAUGUUUAUCAUGAUAAUAAAAAUUGUGAUAAUUUAGAUGAUGAUCUUGAAUACCAGGAACUUUUUGGUUAUUUCGAAAAAAUCAAAACAACUAAAGUUAUUUCUAUUAAAGAAAAUGAAAAUCGUGGAAUACGAAAAGGAGAAAUACAGAAAUUAGAAGUAGGAAAACAAUCUAAUAUUCAAGAAUUUGAAGUUUUUUGUGAUGAUGAUAUUAAUGAAGUAAUUGUAUCUGAAAAGUUAGAGCCAAAAUUAAAGGAACAAAAGGUUUCUAAAACAAUUUCAAGAAGAAUGUGUAAAAAGAUAUUUUUAAAAGAAGAAAUAUCUGUUGUUGAAAAUUUCUUAAUUAAUUUUAGUAUUAUUUAA